AUGGCGCUCUACUGCGGCGACAAUUUCGGCGUGUACUCGCAGAGCGGCCUGUCCUCGCCCAGCGCCGCCGCCCCGGGCGCGCCCCCGGCCGCCCGCGCCCCGUACGGGCUGACGGACUACGCCGCGCCGCCCGCCGCCGCCGCCAACCCCUACCUGUGGCUCAACGGCCCGGCCGUGGGGGGCUCGGCGGCCGCCGCCGCCGCCGCCGCCUACCUGAGCGCCCCGCCGCCGCCGCCGCCCCCCGGGGGCGCCCCCGCGCCCUUCCUGCAGCCGCCCACGGCCGCCGGCACCUUCGCGUGCGCGCAGCGGGCCUUCGCGCAGCCCGCGCCCGCCACGCCCGCCUCGCCCGCCGGCCCCGCGGCUCCCAGUGAGCUGGGCUGGCUGUCCAUGGCCAGCCGCGAGGACCUGAUGAAGAUGGUGCGGCCGCCCUACUCGUACUCGGCGCUCAUCGCCAUGGCCAUCCAGAGCGCGCCCGAGCGCAAGCUCACGCUCAGCCACAUCUACCAGUUCGUGGCCGACAGCUUCCCCUUCUACCAGCGCAGCAAGGCCGGCUGGCAGAACUCCAUCCGCCACAACCUGUCGCUCAACGACUGCUUCAAGAAAGUGCCCCGGGACGAGGACGACCCAGGGAAGGGGAAUUACUGGACCCUGGAUCCCAACUGUGAGAAAAUGUUUGACAAUGGGAACUUCCGAAGGAAGAGGAAGCGCCGCUCUGAGGCCAGCAGCAGUUCUACAGUGGGAGUCAACAUGGGGACAUCAAAAUCUGAAGACGGGCUCCCCUCAGCCCUGGGCUCUGGAGUGGGCGGGAAGCCAGACGGUGACAGCACCUCCUCCUCCCUGCUGAGGCCCUCUCAGUCCCCAGAGCCCCCAGAGGGCAGCAAGAGUACGGCCUCCUCACCUGGAGGCUCCGUGCUCAGCUCCACCCCCUGCCUUAGCACCUUCUUCAGCACCCUGAGUGGCAGCAGCAGUGCCAACGGCCAGCGCGCGCUUCCUGGCAGCCGCCACCUUGGGAUCCAGGGGGCCCAGCUCCCCACCAGCAGCACGUUCCCCACAAGCUCCAUCUCGGAGACCUCCGCUGACACCAUGCAGCUGAACAGCAGCUCCGGCACCACCAGCAGCCAGAGAUCCUCCUACUACAGCCCUUUCCCCGGCAGUACCAGCGGCGGCCAGAGCAGCCCCUUCAGCAACCCUUUCUACAACUUCAGCAUGGUCAACAGCCUCAUCUACCCCCGGGAGGGCUCUGAGGUAUAGGGCCCGCAGGGCAGACUGGAAAACACACCCCAGGGAGUUUGCAAUGAUGUGGAUUCCAAGGCAGUUGGUCCCAGGGGGAGAAACUGAGGUUCUGAGUCUCUUCCCUGGGCUCCCGAGUGAUGUUGUGGUCCUGGUCCACACUGGAGCUGCCUGGGUAGAGCAGAUGA